AUGCGUCGGCAACUGGAUGGAUUCACCAGUCCUUGCAUCUCAGAUCGCGAAUAUGUAAAGCUUCAGUAUGGUCGGAAAAUCGCUCAGGAUACUUGUCUUUUAGCUAAUGUGAAAACUCCUGACUGGUCACAGGCAUCCCCUGCAUUCAUCGGUAAACAUAACGUCGUGCCAUGUACGGUGACUACCAAUUCGGGUAAUUCAAGUCUAAAAAUGUAUCCUUAUUCUGUUUACUCAUGUGCAUGUCAAUCGGAUCCCAGUCAGUGUCAUAAAUAUAGAUCGAACUACCUAAGGCAUCGCUGUCUUUCGGGUCCAACUGUCGCAUGCUUCUUCCAGCUGCCACACAUGAAACUGUUGCUCUUUCUCGCACUGCUGGUCAGCCAUCAGUCUUUGAAAACUGUUGUCGGGUGGUGACGGAUCAGUCUAUUCCAUUAUCUCACAUAAUAAUUUCGGAUCCUUCAGGCUCCAAACUAGCAUCGGACGUACCACACCUGAAUAUCUGCCACCAACCAUUCUCUUGUUCUUCAACAAAAUCCUUUUCUUGAGCCCUAUUAUGUGUCUAACAAUGACUUUCGCUUGGCUCGUGCAUCACGUUUCGCUCUUAGCUAGAAUAAUUCCAAAUACAAUAUAUGUAGUUUUAGUAAGUCCACUGCAUUUCUCAAAUCGAUUAUGCGCGUGACUUCCUUAUCUAAUG